UCUUUAAAGACAUCGGGAAAGACAGUAAACAGACUUAUUCUGUAAUGACACUUUUCGCGAUGGGACUUAAAAACACUCCCUUCUUUCGAGGAGUUAUAUUACUCUGCACAAUUUUCCACGCAGGAGUAGAAUCGUCUGCCCUUUCUCGAUCAACAUAUUUCACAACGUUGACAAAUAAGCAGCUUAAAGGUUUUGUCGUGAAACGGUUUAAGUCGAUCAGUCAAAUUUGGUGUGGUCAGUCAUGUUUGAAAAACGCCUGGUGUACUUCAACAAACUUCAAACCUGCUCCUCAAACUUCCAAGUCUGAUGGCAAAGGAACUUGUGAACUAAACAAGCACGACGUUAUCAAAGAAAACGCACAUUUACAGUUCGAGGCGGGAGCCAUUUUCUCAACACUUAUUAAGGUAGAUAAUUGCAGGAUUUGGAUCGUUUUCAAUGUAUUCGCGAUACCAAGUUUAAUCGAUUCGUUAAUUUUUAAGUCUUGUAAUUUCACAGUUUAACCCUUUCCUCUAUUCGGGAAAAAUCCCCUUAAUUAGGCUGAGGUCUUCAGUGCAAUCUUUUUUUUCGGAGAGCUCCAGAAUUUAAUAAAAUUAUAAUUCAAUUAACUAAAAUUCAAAGAUGAUUGAAAACUGAAUUUCUACGCGGAGUUGUGGUACCAGACACAACCUGUAAACGACCAAAGAGAACUAGAAAGAAUAAUCGUUGAUAUUUCUAUACCCAUAAUUUUCAACCCUCAGUUUUAGUUGUCCGUUAACCCCCUUUUUUGUGAAAAGAUCCACCCACUCUCACGCAGUUCGUGAGCCGUAAAAACAAGCUGGUGGCACCAAACAAAUAUUUUGUUUCCCCGCCGACGUUUGAGAACUAUCGUGAUAGCAUUCAUCGAUUACCGGUUUAACAUGAAGGUUUGAAGUUCUUUUUCAUUAAAACAAAAAAAUACUUCUCCUUUAACUAACUAAGGACAAUAAUAAAAAAGAGAGAUAAAGGAAAAAUAUUUCAUGGGGCGUUUGGUGAUCAACUGCAAAUGUUAUGCACCUUAAAGAAAACCAUUAAAUGAUUAUGCAAAUAUUUGUAAAGAACAUAAAACUCGAACUGAUGCUUGCCAGCAGAAGCAAGUUUUGGAAAUGGCACAUACGCUUUCUUUUAUUCCCUUUUAAAUGAAAUCCUUUUCCAGCAAAUAUAGGAAUUUAGAAACAUCAUUGUUUGAUCGAGAUAUUUGAAAUUAUAUGCCGUCCCCAUCCAUUAUGGCUGAUGGGUUCAUGUUUGUUUCUCAUUUGCAUCACAAAAAAAAGUGCAGUGACUCCACCAUUAGUAAAAGCUUGAGGUUGUUGCGAAUCUCAUAUUACUGUCUUUGAAUAUGUAAUAGUUUUGAACUAAAGUUUAUAGAAGCUAGACCAUUAAUAAAUAACAUACCUUGGCUUCGUUUGAAUUCUGCCAAUACAUGUACUUGUAGAUGUUGACUAAAUGCAUAGUUAAAAACAAAAUUUUUAGGCAGCCAGUUUACCCCAAUGGUUUUGUCUGAACAUUGCGACUUUGUAAAUCAUGUUUUAGAAGUUUGUUGAAGAAUUGGUGAGGACAGAUAAAUUGUUUAGUUCAAUUUGACGGUGGGUAGGCUUGAUACCUACUCGGUUGUUUGAGCUGGAUCUAGGAGAUAACAAAAACACUGUACUUGAGAGCGUGACUAUUUUCCAGCGAAUUAUUUUUAUCCAUCAGUAGGAAAGUGAAAUAAUUUUGCAGCAUAUUUAUGUUUAUGUAUAUUCUUCUCAUUAUUCCAUCGGCUACUCUUUCUCUUUAGGAUUGCCGACUACCAGCCAGCACCUGUUUAAAUGGUAGUGUGUGUUUUUAUGACAAGAAAAAGCGAACUUAUUCAUGUGAAUGCAAGCCCCCUUGGACCGGAGAAACUUGUGCUGAUCUGUGUAAGAAACUACUUUGUAAAGUAGAAUGAAGUUGUAAUGUAUUGCCUGUCGAGAAAAGCUUUAGAGCAGUUUUCCUGUUGCAUUUAUGCGACAACUGAAAAAAUUUAGCGUGACAGUUUUCUGCAAACGAGCAAACAAACUUCAUUCGAACGCUAUUUUGCAUUGUCUUGCUUUUGUAACGCACAUGCUUUAAGAGAUUUACUUCGAUUCAAAAGCGUUAUUAGCUAGACCAACUUAAUCAUAUAUGGUUUGAAGAUCGGUUGGUCAGUCGCCAUAUGAUGUAGCUCCUUUUUACUAAUAACAACUCUUUUGAAAUGUUGUCUUGUAAUCGCAAAAAGUUGACUGUGACAGCCAUCCCUGCAAAAACAAUGGAACUUGUACAGUCGGAGUCAAUGAAUAUAACUGCAGCUGUGCACCAGGAUUUUACGGGACACAGUGUGAAAAGAUUGAAGGCCUAUCUUGUUCAUCAGGUUUGUAGAGAGGUGUAUCGUAUUUUGAUGACAUAAUCUGAGAGCGCAAGCUUCCUUCUACAAAGAGAAGUUCUCGUGGAGAUGGGGAUGACCUUUCAACAUUUUACAAAGUUUUGGAUGGGACAUUAAUUAAGAUUCUUGAAGACAAACCACGCCAAUGUUUUAUUUUGAUUACGGUUUCUCAUAAAAACUUUCCACAAUUGAUAAUCGUCAGCGUCAGGACGCUGUAAACCCAUUCGAUCAAUAUCAGUAUCUGAGAAGCUACGCUCCUACCCCUCCCCUAACCCAACAAUCGUCAAUUGAUAACAAGUUAAGGUUAAUGUUGGGUUAAGGGAGGGGUUGGUGCGCAGUCGCUCACAUACUUAUAUUAAUAAGUAUGCGAUAGAUUGGAUUACCAAUCUAUCGCUUUUUAUCCCUUUACAUCCUAACAACAGUAGGCUUAUUCUCCAUACUGUUCGUUAUACAUUUCCAAAGGUGCUGACGAGGAGAGUUUAUUUAGCGAUCAAAAGCGUCUGUUUUUGGUGAUCAUUUCCUUUAUUCUCAUGACCUUAAUGUUUGAUUCAGCGCUGUUAUUUUAGGGAGAAAUUAGAUGCUAGUCACUCGUCGGGGUUAAAGAGUUCAAGAAGUAGAAAGUGACUGUUGGAUUUUAAAUUGUGUGAAAAGUUUAUACCUCGGGGUUUUUUUUUCUUAAGCGGUCAGAAUACUUUCAAACGAGCUGACCUAUUUAGGUAAACACCACAAGCUACCUUUGACAUCUCAGAGCGCUCAAGGUACUUUUUUUUGUAUCUUUCUCUCUGGCGUGCGUGGUAGCCGUGCGGAAGCCAAAGCAAGAUUUUUCAAAAAACAAAGACAAUCUUUACUCUGGGUAUCUGUUUAUCGGUUACGUACGUGAUCUGGUAGCGGACAUGAGAUAAAAAGUAAUUACUGAAACAAGAUUAAUCCGGAAAUUUCGCAGUAAGAUUCAUCCAAUUUAAGAGUUGCUUUGCCAUUUCAAGGAAACUGGAGUAAAGAAGAUUGUGUUUUGUUGUUUCCUACAGCUUACCGAAUGGUCUUUGGACAGCCUAGCAUAAAGAGUUACGCCAGCAUAACAAACGCCACCUCGUCUAGUCUCUCGGAAUUUACUAUGUGCCUUUUUGUCAAAAUGAAGGAUACAAGUUUCAGUAGUGACCAGUGCCUCUACAGUUAUGCGACUAUUGGAGCACCUUAUGGGAAUGCCUUCUACGUUUGCCUGUUUUCCCCAGGAAUUAGGAUUUCUAUACACGCCCCGGGAGAUAAGUAAGUGAUAUGACAAACGCGAUAAAUAAAGUCUGUACUCGAGUCAAAUGGCCCAUCCAGCCCGACCGUAUCCCGGUUUUCUUAAAAUAAAGCGUCUCGUAGGAGUUUUAACACUUCCCCCUGGAUUGGAUGCUUAUCUAUUGCAAUUUCAGUAUUUCAUUCGGUUUCCCCGACAGUGUGCCGUAAUACUUCUGGGUGGAGUGAAGCACUUUGAGAAUAAAGUCUGUCGCCCAAGAACACAACACAAUAACCCAAUAGAAUAAGAUAGAAGAGAACUAAAAAUAUACCAGAAUGAAUGGCGAAUUACGCGCGAGAAAGGGACGCGAAGAUGAAUUUUUUUGAGCUCCUUCCUUUCGCGCGUGAAUCACGCUUACCUUGGCUCACCUCAAAAAAAAUAAUUUGCCUGUUCCCGCAAUGGGCUAAAGUGCUCCCAGCGGAGUAUUAUCGAGGCUUCUGAUGGUAUUUGGCAAUAACAACACUUGCGAACAAAAACAAGAGAACAUGGUUGUUAACAACCACGUUCUCUUGUUUUUGUUCCCAAGCGACUUAAAAUAAAUAAUUAAACGAGCCUAGUGAUUUAAUCAUUGUUAAUGACAAAAUUAAGUGCUAUGGCGUGUCGAAAAUCGAAUACAUGGAGUUUGAGAAUUUCCGUGAGCAAGAAAAAAUGCACAGUGAAUUCCCGCAAAAACGGAGCCUUCUCUUUUCGAAUAAAAUAAAUGGUAAUGGAAUUUUAAAAAGUUAAGUAACAUUAAAAUAUCCUGAUAUAUCUCCCAUUCCAGCAGCUCACAUAUAGGAAUAUAUAUAUAUAUAUAUAUGUGUGUGUACAUGAAACUCAUGUACAUACGGCCUGCCAGCAGUUACCUGAGUUACCUGUAACUCGUUGGAGGGGGAGUCAACUAGUGUAUCAAAUAUAGGUGAACAACCAAUCUUGAUGUCACAUUGAACUGGACCGCAAUCAGUCAAAAACCGAGAGUUUCUAACAGUCUUAAUUGUUUAUGUUCAUUUUGUAAGUGAUACAGACGCCAGAGUCAAAAUUAAUGAUACCAUGUGGCAUCACAUUUGUGUUACCUGGAAUAACACCAAAGGCGACUGGCAGUUUUAUCUGGAUGGACAACUUCAAAGCUCUGGAACUGACUUGAAGAAAAGUCAUCAGAUACCAGCCGGCGGAACAGUUGUCAUUGGACAAGACCAAGAUAAAGUCGGAGGGGACUUUGAUAUCGGAGAUAGCUUUGGGCCGGGUGAGGUAACAGAAGUCAAUCUUUGGAGUAGGGUCCUUUCGGGGGAUGAAAUUGCAGCUCAGAAGGCAAAUUGUGACAUCGCACAAGCAGGCCUCGUUCUCUCGUGGGGACAGUUCAAAGGAAACGUUACUGGUGUGAAAAUAGUCGAGCCUUAA